AAAAAAAAAUAAUUAUGUAGGUGGGGGAAAAAAAGCUACAGCCUGAGAUAACCAAGUGAGGCUCCAAUAUCUGGAGGAGGAGAAGCAGCUCAAGAGGUUACAGCACUGCCCUAGUGGAUUAUGUGGGGCUCCGGCUGGGCUGGUCGGAAGAUGCUCUUUGCCAUCUGACUCAACGCCACCCAUGAAUGUUGAUAUCUCAUACUGUUUCAAGCAGCCUGAAUACAACCAUGAAAACCUGAGUACAACAAUGAAGAGAUUUUAACCUCACUCAGCGGAAAUGCAUGACUGAAACUGCAGCACAGUUUCCUCCUCCUCCUGGACAAGGUAUUGUCCCUUUUAGUGAUGUUGCUGUAGUACAGAUGGAUUGUAGCGUAGAUGCCAGCAUGGAAUUACGAAGAGCCUCUAGUCCUCACAAGAUGAACAAGAGUGAUAUGGAUGGAGACAAGUCCGUGUUGCACAGCUGCUGCAUAUGUGGCAAGAGUUUUCCUUUCCAGAGCUCCCUAUCACAGCACAUGAGGAAACACACAGGGGAGAAACCAUACAAGUGCCCUUAUUGUGACCACCGAGCUUCUCAAAAGGGCAAUUUGAAGAUACACAUCCGGAGUCACAGAACAGGCACGAUCAGUCAGGGCCAUGAGGUGGAGGUGGGAGGAGAGGUGCAGCUGGGAGAGAUGCGAGUCUCAGAAGGUCUUGAUGGCUGCACCAGCCCUACCAAGAGCACCUCUGCCUGCAACCGGAUCUUGAAUGGAGCAGCUCCGACGGAAGGUGGCAAGAUCUUGCUUCGAAGCAGCAGAAAAGAGACGGUGGCAGAAGCAUCCGUUGGGGAAGAUGUUAAAUUAUGUCCUGUACAGUGCACUUUCUGCAAAAACAAAUUUGAAGGGAAGAAGGAACUGGAACAGCACAUUCAUCAGAUCCACAAACCUUUCAAAUGCAGGCUGUGCAAUUAUAUGACAUUAAGAGAGGAAACACUGUUAAACCACAUAGAGAGAGACCACAUUACCACUCAGAUUCCAAAUGGAGAAACUUGUGCUGAGAACUGCAAGAGUGAGUCAAGCGGAGGGGAGUUUCCUUGCGAAGUCUGUGGACAGGCCUUCAGUCAAACUUGGUUCCUCAAAGCUCACAUGAAAAAGCAUAGAGGGUCAUUUGACCAUGGGUGCCAUAUAUGUGGCAGAAAGUUUAAAGAACCCUGGUUCCUCAAAAACCACAUGAAGUCACAUGGCCCCAAAUCUGGGAGCAAAAACAAGCCAAAAAACGAUUUAGAGCCAAUAGCCACUAUUAAUGACGUCAUUCAGGAGGAAACAAUUGUGACUGGCUUGUCCCUGUAUGAAAUUUGCACGAAGUGUGGAAACUUGUUUUCAAAUAUGGAAAGCCUAAAAGCACAUAAUUCAGUACACUGCAGGUCUUCUAGAGCUCGUAGUGAACACAGAGCUGAGGGUCGAGGAGAUUUUGACCCACCUAUAGGAAAACAGUUUUUCCUCCAGUAUCUGAAAUUGAAGCCAUCUGUAGAGAUAGAUGGUGUUGUAGGGGGGCAGUCAGGAAAAAGAGUAGCUGAGCUGGAUCCAGUUAAUAGCUACCAGUCUUGGCACUUGGCUACCAAAGGAAAAGUCGCAGAGCCUUCUGAGUAUGUGAAGUAUUUGGGAUGGGAUGAAGUCCUGGCAGAUGCUGAUGUCACUUAUGACAAGGAUAAAAGGGAAUAUAUUCUUGUCAGUCAAGAGAAGCGCAAACUAGAGCAUGACUCACCCAGCUCUUCAAGCAAUCCGAAAAAGAAAAACUGUACCAGUGGGCGUUCAGAGAAAAACAACAGUUCACAUUCAGGGGAUAACUCUGUCCUAGGUCCAGAUGACCUAGAGUAUAGACCGUCCUCACGUCAGAGCAGAAGGGUGUCACAGAACAAGUCCACUGAGUGUUUUGAGUGUGGCAAGAUCUUCCGCACUUAUCACCAAAUGGUGCUUCAUUCCCGUGUGCACAGGAAAGAGCGCCGAAGCUGCAGUGAAGGCAGGGCUGUAGUCCGGCAAGAUCGAUAUGGAUCAAACAGUGAGGAUGGAGACUCUGGUUCUGUAAGUGGUCCAAGCACACCAGGUUCAACUUCUACCCCAGAAGAUUCAGUCACCUCUGGCAUGGGUGAAGAGGGGCCUGAGGAUAGUGCAGAGGAAGGAAUACACGAGCCAUCACCAUGUAAAAAACCAUACCUCUGCAGUUUAUCUGAAGAAAAUCCAUCUGUUGCAGCACUACAUCUUAAGAAUGGAAGAAACCACAUGCGAGAAAAUUAUGCCAGUGAAUCUAAACCAGAGUUGACAACUGUGGCAUCUAUCCCAGAAAACAAGAUCAAAGAUCUUUUUCCAAAAUACAUGGAUCGCAACAUUUCCCCAGACCCAGAGAAAUCAAUAUUUCAGUAUAGCCAAGAUCUCCCUUGCUCCAGUAGGACGGUUGACUUUACUUCCAGUAUGGGCCAGCUAAAUUCAGAUGUGAAAUUAGAUCUGCAGGCCCCACUAGAAAUGCAAACUAAGCAGUCUAAAGAGAACCUUCCAGAUAUGCAUGAGCACUCUUUGCUCAGUAAAGAUCCAGAUGUGCAAGAGAAGAUUCCAUUAGAUCUAAGUGAGAAGUCAACUAGAGGUGUUUCAUGCAAUACAAGUCUUACCUCAACCUUGCAGGCUGCUUUGAUUGUCCAUCCGUGUCCUUACUGCAGUCAUAAGACCUAUUACCCAGAAGUCUUGUGGAUGCAUAAAAGAAUUUGGCACAAGGUCAGUUGUAAUUCUGUGGCUCCUCCUUGGGUUCUGCAAAAUGGAUUCAGGAGUAUAAAAAACAACUUGGUUUUUCUGGUGAGAAAUGGUCGCACUGGUCCCCCUCCUGUUCUUGGUGGUAAAGAAUGCCAGCCUUUGCCCAUAGCUAGAUUUACACGUACUCAGCUACCAUGCGGGUUGUCAGGAUCCAAAAACAAUUCUUCUGGACAUGGUGUAACUGCUAAGCCUGGGACUAUGCCUAAAGAUGUGCCCUCCAUUAGUAACUGUGGCCCACGAUCAUCCAGCGUUGAUGGGUACCGGCAGUCAAAACCGAACCACACCCAUGAAAAAUAUAGCACAGUAGCCCAGCCAUCCCAACUGAAAGUGAAAUAUGAAGUGAAUUCCAAGUUGAUGCAAGCGGGAAGCUUUAGCAGAAGUUCAACACCUUCCCAAACAAUUGUAUCUAGACCCAACUCACAGCCCUCCGACUGUAAGCAAGCAGAGAAAUAUACAGUUUCCCAAGUAAGUGCCGGGUUUCCCCCUCUAAGUAAGCAUUGCACUCCAGACCCAGGAAAGGCCAAAUUUGUGUCUUCACCUCAAUUCCACUCUCCAUGUAAGACUGAGCCAUGCAUCACUCAAGAAGACCCACCAGUGCCGCAGCGACCUGUUCCCAGAAGAGAGAAUGAGAUGAGGACCUUGGUAAAUUGCACGGCAGGAUCCAGAGCCAGUCCACUGAUGCAGCCUCAGCCCAUUAUAGCAGGACCACCACCAAUGGUGCAUUCCAUCAAACAAGAGCAACCAUCAGAGGGGCACGAAAAGCGGCUGGACAUUUUAAACAUCUUUAAGACCUACAUUCCAAAGGACCUUGCUUCUCUCUACCAAACAUGGGGUGCCAAUAGCUCUGCAGUGGACCAUGCUGGGAUGCUUAGGACACAAACACGACAAGGAGACUAUGUCUGCGUCGAGUGUGGAAAGGGAUUUUCCCAGCCCAGUCACCUCAGGACCCACAUGAGGUCUCACACAGGCGAGAGACCAUUCCAAUGCAGAUAUUGUCCAUACAGUGCCUCUCAGAAAGGGAACCUAAAAACACACGUCCAGUGUGUACACCGGGUACCCUUUGACAACAGCCAGUACCCCGACCGACGCUUCCAACCACCUCCGAAUCAUUAUUCCAUCAACCCUACAGAAGAACAUCUGGAAAAUCUCCUUGCAAACCAUCCAGUCCCUGGAGCGACUGUGCUAUAGCGAGAGACCCACGCUUUGCUAGAAGAGCGAUGCCUCCGAACUGUUAAUCAUUUUUAAAACAAAUGAAGAAGCUACACAAGAUAUAUACAAAUUGACGUACUAAUCAGUUCCCCUGGUUCCUUUUUUCCUUUAUAAUAAACAGUGGAGUUGGCAAGCACUGUGGCGGUACAAGGCAUCUAUAUUAAUCAAGAUAACUUUUCUAGACACUGGAAAAAUUAAACUUUAUAUGAUUUGGAGAGCAGCACUGCAACAAAAUCUUCCCUUAUGGUUGUGAUGGCUUGUUUGAUAUGUUUGUUUGUUUUUUUAAAAAAGAGAAAAACAACCAAAGUGGAUUUGGGAAUGUGGGAAGUAGUGAUUAAUGAAACUGCCAUUGGCUGCAUUGGCUGUCAUGCUGGAAAAACAACUCUUUUUUAAAAAAAAAGAAAGAAAGUGAAAUGGAGGAGUCAUUCAGUGCUGUGAAAGCCAGGCUUGAUGAAGGACAGAAGGGACUGAAGAGAGAGGCCAUCAUUCUGCAAUGAGGUUGUUUCAUGAUAGUUUGGGGACCACUUGUGUUUCCAGUGGGCUUAUCCUUGACUGCACACCAUUAAUAGUACGUGAAUAUGGAAAUCGAAACACUUCUUAAGAAAUGAUUCUCUUCUCGCUUUGGAAAGAAAACAGCUAGUCAAACACUAAGAAAAGGAAAAAAAACAGGCUUCUGUGUUUUUUUUUUACUCUCAGGGCCUUUCUAUUUGUUUCUUGCUUCUGCUCCCCCCCCCUUCUUAACAGCGCUACUUUCUGAGACCUGAUCACAAAGGAAAUGUGCAUGCUUAAACAAAAUUUCAAAAGAGAAAGACAUUUGAUUUAGCUGUUUAAAGCUGCUGAUUUGUAUGCUUUUAACAGGGAAAAAAAUAAGCGUUCGGGCAGGCAUAGGCCACUAAGGUGCUCUAUGUGCCUAUAUUUUUGUGCAGCGAGUCAGUUACCUUUUCUAGGUCCUGGUAACAUGGGUGGGGGAGGUGAGUAAUUUCUUCUGCAGUGACAGGUCAGUGUUCAUCUAAUGGGUCAUGUCUUGUACAUGAUGACUACUGGGGUGGGGGAGAAAAAGCUUUAUAUACCUCUUCUACCAUCACUCUUUUAAAUGCAAGUUUUCCAGGGAGGGGUGAAGGUGGUAGGUUGUUAACCACACAGUGUCUGCAGUUUGUUGAAGAAAAAAAAUGUA